GGGAUCUGUGUGUUAAUUCGCUUGCAAGUCUUUGGCAGAGGACUAUUCCGGGAAAAGCGACUGGCUCCCUUGUCAUCUUGUGCAUCUGCGAAGGAAUUCUUCCCUGCAGCCCUAUGUCCUGCAGAAUAACAUCUUAAAUUUAAGAUUGUUCAUCGUCGGCGCUAGUCGUGGUGACGACUUCCCUCGAUUCGUACGAUAAGGAAUCGGCUCGUGUGAUACCAGGGAUUAAUCGGCAUCAACGACAGCUGCCUCUAUGUCUUCUUCUUUCUUGGGACUAGAAGGGCUCCAUGUCCUGAUUACAGGAGCUGCGGGUGGCAUUGGUCGACAGGCAGUGCAGGAGUUCCUGGACCAAGGAUGCAAAGUGACCGCACUGGAUCUCCAGCCCUUGGAGAUCGCCCAAGCAUCCGCGAACGUCUACUCACGUCUUCACAUUCUCCGAGGUGACAUCACCGAUGAAGAGUCCGUCCGCUCCAGCGUGUCGCAGGCCAGCAAGCGCUUUGGACCGAUCAACAUCCUCAUCGCCAACGCAGGCAUCACCGACGAGAGCAGGGACUAUCCGAUCUGGGAGCUCCCCGUGGAAACCUGGGACAAGACCUACCAAGUCAACGUGCGCGGCACGUUCCUCACUAUCAAGCAUUUCCUGCGAGCCGCACAGCUGUCUCAGCAGACACUGGGUAAGGAGCUGGACAACCUCGCUAUCGUCGUCACGGGUAGCGAGACGGGCAAAUUCGGCCAGGAAGGACAUGCGGAGUAUGCCUCUGGGAAGGCAGGCCUGCAGUAUGGACUGGUCCGAAGUGUGAAGAACGAGAUUGUUCGGCUGAAUAGCAAGGCCAGAAUCAAUGCUGUUGCUCCGGGGUGGGUGGAUCCACCGAUGAUUGAGGGUCGUCUGGAUGACCCCAAGGAGAUGUGGGCUGAGGCCCAGGCAACCGUGCCUCUGAGAAAGAUCGCGAAGCCCGAGGAUGUCGCUCGGACCAUGGCCUUCCUGGCCUCCCAUCGUGCAGCUGGACAUAUCUCUGGACAAUGUUUGAGUGUCGACGGGGGUAUGGAGGGCCGUCUGGUCUGGAAGGAAAGCGAAGAGCCGAAGAAGACGGCAGCUGAUGGUCUAGAAAGCUCUAUCGUCUCGGCUAUUCCACCGGUCUUGUCGAAGCCAAAGCGAAACAAGAUUCGUAUCGCCGUGUCCAUCGAUUUGGAUGCGGUUUCCGGAUGGCUGGGAACGGGUCAACACCCAGACAACAUCCUAGCCGACUACUCUGCCGGUUUCUUUGCAGCCAAGGUCGGCGUUCCGCGACUUUUGCGCAUGCUCAAGAAGCUCAACCUUGCGGAGCGCUGCACGUGGUUCAUCCCCGGCCACUCUGCGGAGAGCUUUCCCGACGAGGUCCGCCAGGUGGUGGAGUCUGGCUGCGAGAUCGGUCUGCAUGGAUACGCCCAUGAGGGAGCCUACCAGCUCACCGUCGAGCAAGAGCGAGACGUCCUCGUCAAAUGCAUCGAGAUCGCCACCAAGCUCACCGGCAAGAAACCCGUCGGAUAUCGGGCGCCCCUGUACCAGCUGCGGGAGUCGACGAUGGAUCUGCUGGAGGAGUAUGGGUUUGAAUAUGACGCCUCCCUAACCGACCACGACUGCCACCCGUUCUUCGCUCCCCGCCGUCCCCCCCUCGAGCCCAUCAACUUCUCCCUCCCCGCAUCGACCUGGAUGCACCCCAUCCCGGAAACGACCGCAGACCGACGCCCGCUCGUCUGCGUCCCCUGCAACUGGUACAUGGAGGACAUGACGCCUAUGCAGUUCCUGCCGCACGCGCACAACUCGCACGGGUACACGGAUGUGCGGGUGAUCGAGAACCUGUGGAAGGACCGGUUCCUGUGGAUCCGGGACAAUGAGGAGGAGCCCAUCUUCCCCGUGCUGAUGCAUCCGGAUACGAGUGGGAUGGCGCAUGUUAUCGGGAUGCUGGAGCGAUUGCUGCGCUGGCUGCAGGGCUGGGGGGAGGAGGUAGAGUUUUGCCAGACGGGGGAGAUUGCGCGGUGGUUUCGCGAGAGAGAGAUGAAUAAAUGAAAGCUGUUAGUUUUGGUAGGGUAGCUAGUGCAUG